AUGAAGAAAAUUUUGAGUGUCAUACUUUAUUUUUUCAUUCUAAAUUUUUAUAAAUCUAACCUUGUAAGUAAUGAAAUAAUAAGUAAGAAAAUAAAUAAUUUAAGAAAUGGAAUAAAACAUAACGAUAAUGAAAACGUGCAAGAAAAUGAGGGUAUUGUAAAAAUAGACAGCAAUGAUAGUAAAGAUAAUGAUUUAGAAUCUAACUUAGAGAAUUCUACUAAAAUAGAAGAUAGCAGUGAAAAGGAUAAUAAUUUAUUCGAAUUAGAUAAAACGGAUAAUGAAGAUUCUGAUGAUGUAUUUGAAAAUGAUUAUGAAAUGGAAGAAACUGUAUCUGCUGAAGAAAUGGAAGAGGACAGAUUUGGUGCAGUUGAAUUACCAAUAUCUGGAGACAGUAACACAGUUACAGACGUUAUAAGUGCUAAUUUAAAACAUGACGAUGAACAAUUUGGAUAUGAUAUUGAUGAAGAAGGAAUCCAAGAAGAUGGUGUACAUUUAUCUGAAACUGAAGAAAAAACAUCCAACAACAGUUUAACAAAACGUAGUUCUAAAAAAGGGAAAAUUAUAUCAAAGGGACAAACAGGUAAUAAUGGAGCAGAUAAAAAGAAAUUGUCAUCAUGGUAUUCUUGGAGUAUGCCAAGUUUAUCAACAAUUUCUGAUUCUAUCAGAAAUAUUGUUCCUGAUGCUUCAUCCAUUUCUGGAGCAGUUGCACAUUUACCCGGAAAUCUAGCACAGGCAAUACAUACAGGUCGUGUAACAAAUCCUGCAGAAAGUUCUGAUGGAUUAAGAGCAGACACAAGUAGUGGUAGGCAAGAAGAAGGUACAGCAAGUAGUGGACACGGUACCGAACAAGUAGAAAGGGCAGAAAAUAACGAACAAAGCGUUGGUAGUAAAGGAGACGAAAAAUCCGAAUCAGAAGAACGCAGAGAUGAAAACUCUAUUCAUCAGAGAGGUGGAGAUAAUACAGUUUUAGUACAACAGCCGUCUCCUCCUCCUGUACAUUCCCCAGAUUUAUCUGUCAGAGGAAAAACUCAGGAAGGUGUAUUACCACAUGAUCCUUAUGAACGUGUUUUAGGAUGGGAAUUUGGUAAUGUACAUGUUCCUGGUACAAAUCCUUAUAUUUCUUCUAAAGAAAGUGAUUCCUUGGAAUUAAUAAAUUUAACCUCAUGGGAUAAAGAAACUAUAAUCAAACAAAAUGAAGACGUUAAAGAAGAAAGGGAAGAAAAUCAAGUACAACAAAGAGAAGAUAUAGAGGAAGAAGAAAAUGAAAAUGAACUAGAACAAGCAGAAAUAAAUAUAGAUGAUGAAACUGAGGAGGAAGAAGUAGAAGAAGAAGAAGAUGUGGAAUCAGAUGAAAAAGAAAAAGAAGAAAAAAAGGAAAAAGAAAAUAUAAAUGAACAAAAUGGUAAAACAUUAAAUGAUAAUAGUGUCCAUAAUUUAUUUUCUGAUAAUUAUAAACAUAAUGGUGACAAAAAAAAAACGGCUCAAAAUAUGACUAAAACAGUAUUUAGUUUAUUGAGAGGAAAUCGUGAGUUUAAUUCUAUAUUAAAAGGAUUGGAAGAUGAUAUUACGUAUUUAUUUUUAACAUUAUAA